AUUUUAACGACGAAGGGUCUGGGCCCGAAACGUCGACAGCGCUUCCCCUAUAGACGCUGCCUGGCCUGCUGUGUCCCACCAGCACCUCGUGUGUGUUGUUGUUUGAAUGCGCGUCCUUCGGCCUGCGGGCCGCCGUAGUGAGGCGGGUAUCGAUGCUAAUUAUGACAGCGGAGCGAAAGUACGGUACAACCGUUUGAACCUCUCGUCAUGGCUGAGCGGGGUGUGAGCCAGACAAAGGAGAGCAGAUUAUCAGCUGAUGUUGAGCCAUUUGUUCCAAAGCAGCAAGCAGUAGGAUUGAGUUGGACUGAAUCUGCUUCAUUGCCCAGAUAUUUAACAACCUGCUAUCCUUUCGUUCAAGAUCCUUAUGUGGAUGGGCAACAUUUACAAGAAUCAGAGAAUGGCUGCAGUAAAUUCUCCCAGAAUUUUGCAGAAUUGCACACAUCCUAUCCAGUUAUGUCAUCUCAUUUACCUGUGGAUUAUUCUUCAUAUUAUUCAUAUAAACAUUGUGUGGAAUCAUCUUUGAAUCCAUUUGCACAAGCAUCUUUAUACUCUGAGGAUAUUUGCCCUUCAAAACAAAAAUACAAUGGGAGUAACCGAGGAAGCAAGAAGAAGCAGCAUGUCCAACGUGUCCAACAGGACUCUAGUGCAAAAGUAAUCGCUCCUUCUCAGCCUUCAAAGGAAGCAAGAUCGAGAAAGGAAUUAAGAAACCAGGGGCAAAAUAUAAAUGAAUUAUCAGAAACGGGUGAACAAUUGCAACAACCUCAUGUAUCUAGAGAUAAUAUAACCAAAAGAGGGAACAAACAGGUUAACAAACAGCAGCACAGCAAAUGUAAGCCACCUCAGAAAAUAUUAAAUGAACCUGAGCCUAAGACUGAUAGCACAUCUAAAGUUACAUCAAGAGAUUUGCCCGAAAUGCAGAGUGCAGUAGUAAAGCAAUGUAGCCAUGGUCUCAAAACACUUCAAGAUUCGAGUGAAGUUUCUAAAGAGUCUGCCAAAGUAUGGCAUGCAGAUGAUACAUCAAAGAUGGAUGAAGCAUUGCAAACAUUUUCUUCAUCUGGAUUUCCUGUGAAUUCAGAAAAAUGCACUGUCUCUGGUUCCACCACUACCACAGGUUCAGUGGCCAUGUCCUCUUUGUCUGUAUCGUCAACUACCACUCCACCUGUGUUGUCAUGGGCCACAAUCGUUUCACAAGCACCUAAGAGGCCAGUUCUCAGUUCAGCUUCACCAAAGACAUCUGCUCAUAAAGUUGCUCAGAGAAAUGAAAAUAAAAUAAAUCUGAAAGAAGAAACUGGGAAAGUGAAAAAGAAGAAGAAGAAAAAGAAGCCAAAGGAAUCUGAUGCAGCUCCAAAGCAAAUUGAGCCCAAGAUAACUGUACAAGAGCUACCUCGACUUGAGGAUGAUGAAGAGUUUCCAGAUCUGGCAUCAGCAGUAAACACUUCUGACAAAACUGGAAAUGAUGUUCAAAGCAAGUUCUUUGGUAGCAAACAGGUUGGGAAAAGACAUUUCGAGACAUCAGUGAAUAGAGAGCUAGUUUCGCAUAUAACCGGUUCUCACAGUACUACUGAUGGAUCAGUUUGUCUGGAUCAGGACCAGAAGGCAGUUCAGAUUCUGAGGAAAGAAUCCGUUCAAGAAGAUAGGACCACUGUUCCUCUGAAGAACUCUAAGGAAUCUCCAAAGAAAAGUGGUAGGAAAAGUAAAAUGCCCAUGCAACUAGAUUUUAGUGACAUGCUGGCAGUCCUAGAACAGAAACAGCAAGAGAUGUCAUCCAACUUUACUCCUAAGCCAAUAAUAUUUGCAGUUGGAGGAGCCUUGCCAUUGGUUCCCAAAGAACCCACAGUGAAAAAGCUGCCUCAAAAUUCAAGUCAGGAAAAGAUUCCUCACAAUCCCUUGGACUCAAGUGCUCCUUUGGUAAAGCGAGGAAAAGAAAGAGAAGUACCAAAGGCUAAAAAGCCAACAUCAUUGAAGAAGAUUAUAUUGAAGGAACGAGAAGAAAGGAAACAGCGACGGCUGCUAGAAGAAAUGGGAUUGAUGCCAUCAAGCUGUAAUAUUACAUCUGCUCAAGAAGAUCAGACACUCGCCUUGGAUCAGAAUGUAACUCAGGACACAAAAAACAUCGCUGAAUUAAAUGAUUCUACAGAAGAUUUGACUAAUUCUGCACCUUCAUCGCCCUGUCAAAAUGUACAGUCUCUUUCUGAUGCACCAAAAAUUUCUGAGGAAAUUUUGACAAAAGACAUUCUGCCAAAUCCCAGUCAUCAAAAGUUACACAGCAGACGGUUUAGAGAAUAUUGUACUCAAGUUUUGUCAAAAGAAGUUGAUAAUUAUGUGACUGACUUACUGAAGGAGCUUGUCCGUUUCCAAGAUCGGUUAUACCAAAAGGAUCCAAUUAAAGCUAAGAAGAAACGAAGAAUUGUCAUGGGGCUGAGAGAAGUGCUGAAGCAUCUAAAACUGAAAAGGCUGAAAUGUGUUAUUAUCUCUCCAAACUGUGAAAGAAUACAAUCCAAAGGUGGCUUGGAUGAAGCAUUGCAUACAAUAAUUGAAGUUGCUCGUGCGCAAGAGAUUCCAUUUGUAUUUGCUCUCAGUCGCAGAGCUCUAGGUCGCUGUGUGAGCAAAGCAGUUCCUGUUAGUGUGGUUGGAAUCUUCAGCUAUGAUGGUGCUGAGAACCAGUUUCAUCAAAUGGUUGAACUCACUGAGGAAGCUAGGAAAGCAUAUCAGGAAAUGCUGAAUGCUCUAGAACAAGAAUUAAAGGCUGAUGGAGCAAACUCAGUGGAACCAUCAUGCAAUGUUUCAGAAGAAAAUACCAUUGAAUUAGACAGCAAAAGCCCUUCAUCUUUUACUGAACCCAGUGAGCCAGAAUAUAUUACUACUUGGAAAACAUUGCUGAAGAGUCAGUGUAAUCCCAACCUGUCAGACACUGAAAACACUCAAACCUCAGAGAGUCUGUUCAGUAACUCAGAAGAAGAAACUGGCGAUUCCAUACAGGCUUUUCCAAAAUCCAUUCUUGAUUUUGAAUGUCAAGCAGCAAUAAGAUGACUAAAUGAGCGUUGUUUGAAAUAACACCUGUAAGAUUUUUUGCAUUUUGAAAUAACACUGUAAGGUUUUCCUCAGUCCUAAGGAAAAUUCCGCUAUUAUUCAGGAAAUGGUGACUAAAAUAUACAGCAAAUGAAAUAAUUGUCUCAUAAUUGAAGCAUAUGAUUGGCAAAAGAAUGAUAUUAAUUGGAACAAAAAAAGCCCAAGUAAAUCUUAUUCAGUAUGAUGAAUAGCUAAAGAUGAGUUUGUUGCCCAGUGAUUACCACAGAAUGAGGUUGAUGGUGGUAGUGGCAUUUGGCACCACUGCAGCAGGCAACCUCAAAAUAGUCCCAAAAAUAAGUGUAAUGUUGCAGAUAGUCUAUUUUCUUAGUGCACUUUUCUGAAAUUCAUGUCUUCCUGUCUUAAUCAUCAAGAUAUGGAUUGGACAGAACCCAUCUUGUAACAGGGAAGUGAGGAAAUGUUUGGUAGCUGGAAACUGCAGUAUCCUGGAUAACAUUAUUGUGAUAUUGCUGAUGUAUCCAGACUCCCAUACAAAUUUAUAAAUAAUUACUAAACUGUGGUAACUUUUCGUCUGUUGCAUUAGAUUUACAUAAAACAAUGGAGAGACUGGGCAACUUGAAAUCAUUAAUGCAUACUAGUACCAACUCAGGAUCAGAAUAACAUAUCAAAAAUCUUGUACUGUAUCAUAUUGUUUUACAACUCUUUGACCUUGAAUAUUCUGCAAAUAACAAGCAACUUGCCUAUGGUCAUACUAGCUUGGAAACUUUCUCUUUGUAAAUGUUCAAAUGAGCAUAAGUUAAAUUUAACUGUGCUGAAUCAAUCAGCUGGCCCUUAGCACAAAUUACACUAAAUUUGGCUCCACGGUAGUGUGGUUAGUGCGAUGCCAUUGCAGAUUGGGACGUUGGAGUUCAGAGUUCAGUCCCCACAUCCUCUGUAAGGAGUCUCUGUACAUCCUCCCGGUGGGUUUUCUCCAGGUCCUCCUGUUUCCUCUCACAGUACAAAGAUGUACCAGGUUGAUUAAUUGGUCAUAGUAAAUUGUUCUGUGAUUAGGUUAGGGUUAAAUCAGUUUGUCAAGGGUUGCUGGGCAGAGCAGCUCAUAAGACCGAUUUUGCUCUGUAUUUCUCAAUAAAAAAUAAAGUUUCAAUUUUACUUAAAUGAUUGUUGCAAAAUUUACACUGGACUACAUGACCAGAUAAGUUAAUAUACAAAAACACUCUUUUCCAUUGUUUCUGAAUAAUUUAAACUUCAGAAACCUUAUCCAAAACUUCUGAUUAAUAACUAGAGAAAUGUAAAUUUGCAAAGAUUACUGCACAUUGCUAAAUGGCCGCCCCAGUUAACAAUGGUGAAUCCCAUGAUCUAGCUACAUGUUACAAGAAAGCACUGCAACAAAAUCAGGUAAUAUCUGAUUUUUUAAAAACUUUUUGUCAUUUAAUACAGAUUGGUUUUGUCAGUGGUUUUCUCAUGAUCAAAAGGUAAUUUCAGUUCUGGUGAGUGAAAUGAUUUCUGACAUAAUCUCUUAAAGUUGGAUGCUGACAUCUAUGCAAUAUGUUACCUGUAAAUUUGCAGUUGAGAAAGUGAGGUGCUUUAAGCAAACAAAACAUUUUUUUUCCAGAUUUCUAUCCCGUAAUUUCACCGAAGUGCACAUAUAAGUAAAAUUCAAGAAAUUUUACUUACAUCAUUAAAGUAGCAUUCUCUUAGAUUUUUACCUGAUCUGGAGCUGGAAUCAAUGGUGAAACGUGAAAGUAAGUUCAGUAAUCUUUCGAGUAAAAAUAGUCAAUGUUGAAAAGGCUCAGCAGGUCAAAUGUUUCCAAUAUUUGCUGUUGUUACUUGGUUUACUGAUACUUGUUGUGCAAUAUAUCACUACUGAUUUUUGGAUCCAUUGAAAUUCCAGCUUAUGAUACAAGGAGGUUUCAUGGUGAAGAAUAAAUAAUGUUAUCAAUACCUACUACAUAAAAUGAUUUUGAUAAAGUAUUACUAUGUUAGUGUGAAUAGUUUAUGAUUCUCGAAGCUUGCACUUCUCCCUGCGUAAACUAUUCCAAGUUUUAGACCUUGGCAUGUGCAUGAAUGCUAUAAUACUGUGAUACCUAUCUUUAGAAAAUGAAAGUGUCACAAGUUAUAACCUAAACAGUCACAUUAUUAUGCUGAUUUAUUGGUAAUUUAACCUGAAGAAUCUUCCAUGUUUAUCAUCAUUACUUUAGACAGGAGCUAUGACAUCAAACUGAUAACACAUACAUCCAAUAGUACCAUAAAACUGAUUUCAUAAAUCAUUAUUGUGUAUGAGAGAUCGAAUGUGAGUUGGAAAUGUUGACUUAUUGAGGUUCAACAAACACUUGCAGUAGAGAUUGGUGAAUUGUGUAAAAUGUUGUAUGCCAUUUAACUAAGGAAGAAUGCAGAACUAAGUGUGUAAAGAGCUAUCAUCUAACCUUUAGCACUAUCUUCAGGUAUCUGAUCACUUAUUGAUCUCGAUUUAUUUGAUGCCAUGGGAUUUGAAAUUAUUACAGAGUUUUGUUAUCGCAAAACUGUUGUCCCUCUUUUAACUGCUUUGCUUUGCUGCAGAUUUUUCAUCUUUGCCUGAAAGAUGCGUAAGGCCGUUCAUGGAAGGAAAAUUAUUAGGUUAUUAUAUUCAAAAAGUGAAGCUCAAGAGGUUGAUAUUUAAGUUGUAUGAUUUAAAAAGAAAUGGGUUCAGUCAGCUGUUAAUUCAAGUCUUACUCCAGCAUUCUUUAGAGCAGAAUGUUUUACUUACUAAGGUUUAGAAAAAUGAUAGAACUAAGUGUGUUGAUGAAGUCAGAGAAAGAAUGUUCAAAAGUUGGGUUUGUUUUUAAAGUCCACUUUAAUAUUUUACAGCAGUGACUUACUGUUAUUGCUAGGAGACAAUGUACAACACAUUAAACACCUGUUAUGUAUCAUUUUAAAUUACAAUACUUUCUGGUGUUCUGAAAAUUGAUAUCUUCAACUUAUUGUUAGUUUCCUUUAAAACACCUAUGAAUUGUUUUACGUGUUUAUUGCGAUAGCAAAUGUUACAUUAUAAAUGAAUUAGAUUAUGGGACAGCUUUAUAAUAUUGUAUGUGUUAGGUUAUAGUCAACUCAGUUAAUACUUUCAUAAACUGUCAAGAAAAAAAAUCUAUACUACCACAAGUAUUACUGCUCUCCUAUAGUCAGUGCACAGUGGUUGAAUUAAUUGCCAUACAUCCUGCAAAAAUAUCAAACCAAAGAAAAAUAUUUUUGUUCCUUUCUUUUACCCCCUUUGGCUGAAAACAUGCAAAAAUAAAAAUGCUUGGAGGAACAGCUGCACAGAGGACAAGCUAGCCAUGGAAUAUUAAAAAUUGUUCAAGACAGUUGCUGUUUCUCCAUGCCACUUGUAUCGAAACAUUCUCUCAUUGGUUCAAGUCCAAGACUUGGUUGUAAUGGAGCUUGGGCAUUUUCCAAGUCUGCAAAAUGAAUGUUCACUUAUUCUUUAGGCAAACAAAAUAUUGUCAAACCAGCUGCAACAAAUAGCUGUAAAUGAGACUUGUAUAAUUUUGCUGCUAUGAUUUUACUGCUGUAAAAUGAAUCUAACAACCCCUUAACAGUUUAGAUUUCCUUUUAAGGGAAAGUACUAUAAUUCUUGCUUGCUUUGUAUUAAGGUCAAAAAAAGCUGUGAUGCAUUAAGAAGUGACUGGGAAUACUGGGCACUGCUUGCUGAUUUGUAAUUCUACUGGUUUCAUUGAUUUGUUAAAGAAAUUGUAAAACUCUGACUAUUAAUUUAAGUAUAUGUUCUGUAAAUAAUCAAACAAAUUUUAUGCUAUAAAGCAGUUUGAAUUGUUUUUUCAUAAUAUAGAGGAACAUCAGUACAAGUUUGUUUUGGGAUUUCUUUCAAGGCCUAAUUUAAUUCCAUACUUUAUAAAAGCUAGUUUGAUUAUACAUGAUUGUUUAAUUCUUAGUUUAUAGAUUUCUAUUGAAUAAAACUCUUAAUGUUGCUGCUUUUGAAUAUUUUUGAAAAAUAAACAUUUUGAUUCAAA